UUUUCAUUAUGUGAAAUUAAAAUCAUUAGAUAUUUUACUGCCAAAUGCCAUUAUGUGAGUUGCUUAAGUUUAAAAAUAAAAGUUAUCUAUUUAAUAAAACUAGAUUACAGUACUAAACUACUAAUAUAAAAUCUGUGAGAUACUAUGAGGUUCACUAAGAUUGAGAAAGAUAAGAUUAUAUAUGGUUUUUAAGAGUGCCAUAUACAUAAAAGUUGAGCUCUAAGAAUAUAUGUACCAGAUGAAGAUGGCCGGCGACAAGAUAAUCGAAGGAGAUGUAGACUUGAUCAGCACUUUACCAGAUGUGAUCCUCCAAGACAUACUAUGCUUUAUUCCAACCAAACUAGCCAUAACUACUUCCCUCUUGUCUAGACGAUGGAGGCAUGUAUGGUGCGAUAUACCUUCUAUCUCCUUAGAUGUGGAUACACAGACGGCAGCAUCGGUAAACGAAACCCUAACUCGCUACAAAGCUACCAAGACAAAGAGUUUUCACCUCAUUAUAACCACCAUGAUGGGGAACAUUCCCCACAUUGAUAGUUGGAUCGAGGGCGCCAUGUCACGCGACGUUGAGAAUUUAUCCCUGAAUUUUCUUCAUCAUUAUUAUAAAUAUAAGCUUCCUGAUUUCUUCUACUACACUUAUUCUUUCAAGCAACUUGACAUUACGUUAAGCUAUGAUCGACAUACGAUUUUUUCUCUCGAGUACACUGUAUCUUGGACAUCCUUGCAGAAAUUAUCCUUGACUAAUUGUAGUCUCUUUGAUGAAUUCUUAGCUAAGAUUCUAUCCGGUUGUCCGGUUCUCAAAUACUUAAGAUUGUAUGAAUGCGGUGAACUAAAGAUUCUUGAUCUCAGCAAAUUUCUACGUCUGAGAAUAUUAGAAGUAAUACGUCACUUGCCGGUUCAGGGGCCAAGGAAGAUUUUGGCACCACACAUCCAUUGUCUAAAAUUGCAUGACUCUCAGUUAUCAUGUACUUUGGUUGAUGUCGCUUCUUUGACCGAAGCUAAUCUGGAGUCAUGCAAUUGUGACAUCACAAAAAACUCAUUGUACCGUGAAUUUAAUGGUGAUUUUCUCCAAGGCAUGGUGCUAAAGAUGCUAGAAAAGUUAAAGAACGCAGAGAAGCUUACGCUUGGGAGAAACUUUACUCAGAUUUUGUCUCUUGCUGAGAUUCAUGGUGUUCCUUUCCCGAUGUUCAAGGUCAAAGCAUUGACUCUUGAUACAGAGAUCUGUCAAUAUAUUAUUCCUGGCAUAGAAAGACUGUUACAAAACUCACCUGAUUUAGAAAAGUUAACCGUAGUAGAAGGAAGGGUUCGCUUCUACAUGCUGGUGGAGUUUCUUGACAAGUACUUGAAAUCACAAGGCUUUAACGUGAACAAAUGCUGGAGAUCAAAAGAUGGAGCCUCUUGGAACAAGUACCGUAAGGAUUUGAAAUCUGAGCAUGUGGCUUCAUUAGUGGAACUUGUGCUUAAGAACACCGAGAAACUAGACAAGAUGGUUGUAUUGUUGGAUGAACAUUUCCUUAACUUCAAAAUUGAAGACGUGGUGGUUCCAACACUUCCUCACAACAACAAUGUCACCAUUGUGCUCUCUUCCACCAACAAACCGAUGACAUGAAGAGUUGUGAAUCAUAGAGGGGUUGAAUUCUUGUCAGUUUACAUCGAUCCUAAUAUUGAAAACAGAAUAGAAGAAGAUUUUUGUUUGUUCACACAAAUCUUCAAGCCUUUAGUGGAGAUUUUAAGAGUAUCAAAAAUUUGCUUUAUCUUUUUUUUUUAACCGUAUAGCUUAUGUGAAAUAGCUUUUAGUUAACCGUAGCUUAUAUGACAAAUUAGAGGGGUGGUUCAGAUUCAUGCCAACACUAACUACAUUGAUGAACCCCUUUUCUGUUGCAGUCUUUCUUUAUUUUACUAUUCAAACAAGACAUAUUCAAAGAAACCUUAUAGUCACCCGAUUAAUUUAAUUAAAAGUCAAUGAUCUUAGGUACAAAUAGAGUUACUAGGGAUUAAUCCGGGCUACGCCCGGGCUACGCCCGGGAUUUUUAUUAUUUUUCUAAUUUAAAUUGUUAAAUUAUUUAUAUUUAAGGUAUGAUAUAUAUUUAUAUAAAUGUUAAGAUGCAUGUCAUAAUUAAAAUUUAUUUUUAAAUUUUAACACGU